AUCUAUAAAGGUAUUAAAGCUAAGAAUAGAAGCUUUAGAAUCGAUUUAGUAUAAUAGAUAAUAUAAUAUCUAGUACAACGUGUCCUAUAUAAAAUUAGUAGUAGCUCGCGUACCGGGCUUACUGCUGACGUUUAUAAGUAGGUUAAGUAGAGGGAGUUGUCUCUAUAUCGUCAGGGGGUCGUCUCUAUAUCAUCCCUCUACAGAACGGUGAGGCGAGAUGGGGCGAGAUGUGUGUGGGUGGUUGGUGGUGGUGUGUGGGGUAAUCCUGGCGUAGAUCUAUGCAGGGCUUUCCCUGCCCCUCUUCUGAGUUGUUCAUUAUCCCGCUCAAGAAAAGCCACUGGGAAUAAGCUGCACUGCGAACCGCACAAUAAUCGCCUAAGGAGAGCAGGCCUUGGGCUGGGCCCUUAUGUCAUGCCUCUCCCUUGAUCUUCAUCACAUCACCGGCCACAACAUGUCCUGAAAGGCUGAACGGGGCUUUGAUACUCCUCAUAGUAUCGAGAUCUGACAUGGAGUCUAGAUUGGGCAAUGGCCAGCACGGCUGAGAGAUAUGCGCAUAAUAGGAGGACUCUUAUUCACAAAAGAAUGGCGUGAUGAGUUGAAAUGUUUAUCGAAUGAUCUCCCAGAUCCUCUCGAUCAGCCUCCAUGGAGAGUUGAGACGAAAAGAAUAUUGUCAUUGGAUUGCAGGGCGAUGCCCGGGCGGCUGGAUGCAUGAAAGUUGUCAGUGAGUGUGUCCCGAUUUGGCGACAUGUUUUGAGACAACCUGAAGAAGCGAGGGGACUGGAAACGGUGAGGGUUCUGCUUUGCGGGGGCAGCCAUGUAGAGGAGGCAGAGCAACCCUAGACAAGCUGAUGCGCAGCAUGCAAUUAAACGAUCGCGAUAAUGCAACCAGCAGAGGCUGGAGGGUAACGUAGAAUCGUUGAGAAGCGGUGUAUGGUGACUGCAUGGGGAAUGCAAAAAAUCGAGAAAGUGGCUUACACGUGACCGUCCAAUAGGAACAUCUCCUUUCUUGUAUCCUUCAUGAGUUCCUCGCAGAGAUAGGCGACUAGCCAUCCGACUGUGACCGCGUUUCCCUUGUCGUCUUUGGCAGGGACCUCGAUUUUGUGCUUUCGCUCGUCGGAGAAGAGCAUUUCAAGGCCGCCACUGAGAGCAGAGUUUAGCGUCGCAACCCCCACGCUUCAGAGCCUGAAAGACACUUACGAGAACUCGACGGUGAGAGGUAUCAUGGUGUUGGACGUCAUACUGGAUAUGUAGGAGGGCCCAGGGGUGGUGGGAGAUGCUGAGCUCUACUUCUGCAAGUAAUAUCAAUGCGAUGUCUAGAAUGUAGGAACGACGUUGUCAUUGGAAGAAGGUGGGCGGUCAGGGCGGUGUGUGGCCUUCUCCCUUAACGUAAUUAAUCACUUGUAAUGUGAUGUGAUGUCCGUUGGUACCUUAGGUAAGUAGAUACUUACUGAGGCAAAAGAAGACUACAACUGUGAGUAUAUCGCAGGAAGUGAUUGUUCUUCUAGCUUCUCUAAGCGUCUUGAUUUUAUUUCUCCCUAGAAAGUUGUGCACCUACGUUGAGCUUCGCAUUUUCAGAUACCCUGGUGGUCCCCUGAAGUAACGAUAAAAUGUUUAGCCGAAAAAUCUUCACUCAGAAACAUCGUCACUAAACCCCGUGACCAGUCCACACAAUAUCACAGGCGCAAGAUCUCUAGGCUGGUAUCGAACGCCAAUUAUCAGGCGGGCGACUUCAAUGAGCUCCUCGAAUCGCUUCGUCAUCCUCUUUUUGCACAACUAUUGAGCUGCUGCCUGGACAUGAAUUGAAAGAUGGCACGAGCCAUCGCGGAAUAUCUGGCGGCAGGGGCUAAUCGACAUCCCUCUGCGGCAGAUUGGGACGUUCUAUCUGGAAUACUGGCAUAUGGUGCUGAUAGAAAUGUUGCAUUGUGGCAUCCUCAAAAUGAAAACUCAAAAGGAGUUCAAACACUUCUCAGCGGCCACACAGACAUUGUCAAUGCUGUCAAGUUCGUACCUGAGUCCCCAGGUCUCCUCCUCAGCGGCUCGGUGGACAAGACCGUCAAAAUAUGGGCCAAAGACCAAUCUUCCCAAAAGUACACAUGCAUCCAAACACUCUUAGAUCACCAAAGUUCCAUCAAUUGCAUAGGGGUCUCAAGCCGCUCUCCCAAAAUAUUCGCCACAGGAUCCGCAGACUCAACGAUCAAGGUGUGGGCUCUGGGUGAGCAGAAUGUAGCGUCACUACAGCAAACGAUCACUAUCUCGCCUCGAUUCUUUCCACUGUCUCUAGCUCUCAGCAACUUGGCUGAUGCGCUUGAUUCCUACGUGCUUGCUGUUGCAGGGACGAAAGAUAUCAUCCAGCUUUACAUCCGAGACUCAUCAAAAAGUUCGGAUUUCAAAUUUCAAGCUACGCUAGCUGGUCACGAAGGCUGGAUCAGAUCAUUGGAGUUCACUCAGGAGAGUUUUGAUCCAAAGAGUGAUCUCAUCCUGGCAUCAGCGAGUCAGGAUAAAUACAUACGUCUAUGGCGGAUCCAUCAAGGAAAGGAGCUACCUGCCGCAGCAGCAACCGCAGAUCCUGCUUUAGGAGCAUUCCUACCCGGAAAGUCUCUGUCUAAUAAAGCGCAUCGAUUCAAGGCCGACGACCUGGAUUUCUCAGCUACGUUCGAGGCACUUCUACUUGGACAUGAAGAUUGGAUUUACAGUACUCAGUGGAAGUCCACUGGUGGCAAAUUACAGCUUCUUUCGGCGUCUGCGGACAACUCACUUGCUAUAUGGGAAUCUGAUGAAGCAACGGGAGUUUGGAUUACAAUUGCACGAAUGGGUGAGAUUAGUGCGGAAAAAGGAUCCACGACUGCAACAGGUAGCACAGGUGGCUUCUGGACUGGUCUGUGGUCUCCUUCGGGUGAAACAGUGGUCUGUCUUGGACGGACUGGCUGCUGGAGGUUAUGGGAUCAUGAUCUUGCAGCUGAUAGAUGGAUUCAAGGCGUCGGUAUUAGUGGCCACACACAAUCUGUGACAGGAAUUGCGUGGUCACAGGGAGGAGACUAUCUACUUUCCACCAGUUCUGAUCAGACAACGAGGCUGCACGCCAAAUGGAAGCGAGACGACCUUGUUUCCUGGCACGAGAUGGCAAGACCACAAAUACAUGGCUAUGAUUUGAAUUGCAUCGACUCGCUGGGAGCAUCGAAAUUCGUCUCGGGAGCGGACGAGAAACUGCUCCGUGUGUUCAACGAGCCCAAAGCCGUCGCGAACAUGCUAAGUAGUCUCUGUGGAUUUUCAAGCUCGCACAUAGAGGAUAUGCCAGAUGCUGCAAACAUGCCUGUUCUAGGCCUAUCCAAUAAAGCCAUCGAGGCAGUAGACGACGACGAAGAAAUUGCACAAGGAAAUCCCAAAGAUCGCAACGCUCCUAACCCUGCCUUCAUCGUCCGCAAAUCGACACUCAGCCAAACCCAUCCACCUCUCGAAGAUCAACUAUCACGCCAUACACUAUGGCCAGAAAUUGAGAAACUCUAUGGACACGGGUAUGAGAUCUCAGCUCUGGCCGCCAGCCACGAUGGGGCUCUCGUCGCCACAGCUUGCAAAGCAACGUCCAUUGAUCACGCUGUCAUCAGAAUCUUCGAGACCGAGCAUUGGCAUGAAAUUAAGCCGCCGUUGACGGCACACUCGUUGACGAUUGCGCGACUCAGAUUCUCGUCAGAUGAUCGAUACCUGCUCAGCGUCGGCCGAGAUCGGCAAUGGGCAGUAUUCCAAAGAGAUGAAGAUGAGUCACGCAAAAGAACAUAUAAAUUGGCAGAAUCAAAUCCAAAAGGGCACUCUAGGAUGAUCCUAGAUGCUGCUUGGGCACCGACUGCAGGAACCGUGUUUGCGACUGCUGGGAGGGACAAGCAGGUAAAGAUCUGGGCGAGGGAAGAAGCAAAUACAGGUGGAUACGUUUGUAAGGCGACCAUUGCGGAGGAUACACCUGUGACGGCGCUGGACUUCAUGAAUGUGUGCUUGCCUGAUGGCCGAACUUACCUCGCGAUUGGAACCGAGGUUGGCCGCGUAAGAAUUUACAGUGUGGGCGUCAAGGAGACGUUCUCUGUGAUCGAGCUGGCAGUCGAAUAUCCAAGGUCUGUCCGUUCUCCCCCGUGUGCAAAAGGAAUACUGACGAAGCCAAGCCCACAUCCAUAUUCCUCAAAACCUAUUACACAACUGGCGUGGAAGCCCACAAGCGGAGAGAAGACCGAGGGUAUUGAAAUGGAACUUGCAAUUGCAAGCGAAGACAGCUGUUUGCGUGUCUACUCUAUAAAUCUAUCUAGCUCUACAUAGACACUUUCAGUUCUUAUCCAAUGCCGGUGCAGUGUUAAAUCCUGCACCAGUCUAGGAAAAAUAGGUAGAGCAGUUGAAAUGCUCAUGCUCUGCAGUCGAAGAAGUGCAACCAGAUAAACAACCAAGGGGAGAUUCCCAACCCACCGCCCGGCUAUGAACAGAGUCCAGGAUGUGUUGAACGCCGGGCCGAUGUUUAAUGAUGCGCAGACCUAUGCAUUCCCAAGAGCCGUUGAGGCCUCCAUAUAGUAUCAUGAUUGAUCAUUACCGUAACCCAACCCCAAAGAAAAUUGCAAUGCUAUCACAUCAUUCCUCAAGUUAGUUUAAAAAGUCCUCUUCUCAACACUCUCGGAGCCAUAACCUCCAACUCCCCCGUUCAAGUAUGCAGUCCCCUCACUCGUUCUCCCUAGAUUCCUCGGGCCCCUCUCACUUAGAUCAUCCUUCAGCCACGUCAACACCAACUCCCCCAAUCUCGAAUUCCCUGUAUCAGUUCCCCUGCCAUCUAACUUGAAUGUCUCAAUGCCACCCCAUUCCUUGACCUUCCCCAAACUCAUGUGUACCAGAUGCGUCGGCCAUGCCGCCAGAUUAUCAAGGAUAUGCGUCGCAUACACAAUUGUGCAUUUCCUGGUUUCCGUCUCCUUCUUCAGGAACCCAAGGAAGUUGCUCCUACUCAGCAGAUCCAAAUCAACGGUAAUCUCAUCCAGCAACAGGAUUCUCCACGGCCUAAUCAAGCCCAUGGCAAGCUGGACCCGUCUGCGCUCACCAUCCGAAACAGCAUGCAUGCGCCAGUCCAAAUCAAUAUCCAGCACCUCCACCAACUCGUCUUUCCGCUCGGGAUAAUGAUCUCCACCAACAGACUUCAGUAGCUCCCGUACGCCGAUGUCUGUUCGCACGAUAGGAUUGAGUACCCAUUCUAAACCGAGAUAUGUGACACCCUCGAGACCAUCUUUGAAGGGGUCAAGUCCGCCCACGGAGAUGGCUCCUGAUGGCGCGAGACGCUUGCCAGAGAGCAGGCGUAGGAGAGUCGUUUUGCCAGCGCCGUUAGCGCCAAUGAGGAGGGUGCGCGACGAGGGCGGGAGGGAGAGCGUGAGAUUUUGGAGGCCGAGGGACCGGUCAGGAAAGGUGUAGGAGAGGUUGCUGACGACGAUUUGGGGAGCGCCCGUUUGGUCGAUGUAUUGGCUUGACAUCUUGCUGCUUCGGGGAGGGCUGUUCGGGAGACGCUUGAGGGAAUGCUGCGAGAAUUGAAGCCAGAGUGAGAAAGGAGAGGCACGCGGGUGUGAAAGUGGGAGCUUUACAUCAGCCUCGAAAUGAAAAUAUUUGGACAUCAUGACGACACCAUGCGAUUAUCUUAUCUUAUCGCCGACCAACAACCCUGUCGAUACCAAGAAUAUUCAUUUGCGUCGAAAUGUAAAUAUAAUACGAAACCGAUUCCGAGCAAUUUAUUUCUGAUUAUAUCACACAAUGGUUAUUCCCUGGAGUAAGCUCCCG